AACAACUCAUCUCAUUACACAACAAAGUUUAUUACAUUUUAAAAUCAAUUCGAAACAAAGAUGUCCUCUUGCACCACUAAGGCUAAGAUUGAUAUCUCCCUCGAUGAGGACUUUGGCGAGCACAGCGUCUCCCAAAUCAUUGGCCGUCGAGGUGAAAAGAUAGCCAAAGCGAAGCAUCAACCUUGGAAAGCUGCUUAUAAAGUGGACCCGACUGAUGUUCCAUCUACCAUGUCUCUACACGACAAACCCUGGUACAAGAGUGAGCAUCUCGACGCGGCGUACGAGGACCAUUCCGGUGCUUAAGUGGAGAGGGGCAUAUUUCUUGCCUGCAUGGGACUUGCAAAUGAUGCUUAUGUGUUGCCUGUAUAGCUGAUAUCAUGUUUAUAUUUUGGGGUUACUCGAGGAAGACAUGAGUAGGCAUUCGUUACUAUCUUGUUUAAAUGCCUCCUUGAACAGUUGAAAUUGGAAUUGAUAACCCUCGUUGAAACUUUACAUCAGUAAAGCCUUUAAAAACAAACCACGACCUUAACUUCGAUGCUUUCUCGAGCCUUUGUCUUCCCAGCGGUGUCAGCCAAUUCAAAGCCCGUGUGAGGGGUUCCUGACAAUUGGGUAAUACUCGUUAGCUAGUAGAUAGUACGGAUCACGAUCCUU